AGGUUUUUUUAGUGAGAGGGAAAACAAGUUGUAUCUAAAAGAUUUUGGUUGAUUAAUUUUUAGUUAUUUAACUAACUCAUCAUUAAUUGAAUGUUUCUCUUGUUCCAGUUUUAACAAAGUGCUUGGUGUUUAUUUGGACAUUCAAUUUCAACCUAAAUCAUUUUUAACCAGAAAAAUUAAGUUUACAGUUUACCAAAAGGAACAAGGAUAAAGACAAAAGAAGUGCUGUCGCCAUGUUUUAUUUCCUGGUUUUUUCUCUCAAUCUUUUGGUCAUUUUUACAACCCAUGUUUCUGUUAAUGGUCUUGACAAUGGGUUAGCUCGUACACCACCAAUGGGUUGGAUGACCUGGGCCAAGUUUGGAUGUCAUGUUGACUGUGUCAAGGAACCAAAUGGCUGUAUUUCGGACAAGUUGAUUCGCUCUAUGGCUUCAGUUAUGGUUACAGAGGGCUACCUUGACGCAGGUUACGAAUACGUAAACAUAGAUGACUGUUGGUCUGAAAUGGAACGGGAUCCUGUUACACAAGCCUUAAUCCCUAAUGCAACUCGUUUCCCUGAUGGAAUGGAAAACCUUUCAAGCUUUGUACACUCUUUGGGUUUACGAUUUGGUAUUUAUGGUGAUAUUGGUACCAAAACGUGUGAAGGUUAUCCUGGUUUUUGGAUUGGAAAUGGAUCGGCUUCAGAUUAUUUCCUACUCGACACUGAAACCUUUGCCUCAUGGGGAGUUGAUUCAAUCAAGGUUGAUGGUUGUUACCAAGAUAUUGACCUCUUUGACCGUAUUUACCCAAGAUUUGGUCAGGCUCUUAAUUUCACGGGUCGUCCCAUCUUGUAUUCAUGUUCAUGGCCUGCCUAUCAAGUGUACGUCCAAAGGGAACCCGAUUAUGCAUCCAUUGCUAAAUCAUGUAACUUGUGGCGUAACUACAAUGAUAUUGAACUCAGCUUUGAGUCGGUUCUUUCCAUAAUCGAGUUUUUCGCUCAAAAUCAAGCCGAUUUCGUUCGAUACCAAAGUCCAGGUGCCUGGUUCGACCCCGAUAUGAUAAUCGUUGGCAAUGAAGAGUUAACCCUUGGACAGGCUCGUGUCCAAAUGGCCAUUUGGUCCAUUCUAUCGGCUCCACUCCUAAUGUCCAAUGACUUGAGAACAAUCAAACCCGAAUUUAAGCAGCUUUUAUUGAAUCGUAAAGUAAUUGCUGUUGAUCAAGAUCCUAUGGGUAUUAUGGGCGAACGAGUAUUCAAUGCAAGUGACCUACAAAUUUGGGUUAAGCCCAUUGAACCAGUGGUUAAGGGUAAACCAAGUUUCGCUGUUGCCUUGGUAAACACGGGUGUAGCUGAUACUUUUUCAUUCAAACUCAGUGAUAUUUUGACUGGAAAAGAUAGCGCCACAAGCUAUUCGAUUGACGACCUUUUUGGUGAUGAACCCUUGAACUCACCAAUUGAACUUUCAUCCAAUCUAACUCUUAAAGUUGGUGGCAAAGGUGACGCUCGAAUGGUCAAGUUGAUACCAAGAGAUGGACUCUUUUUUGAAACAUUGACCAACAAUGACUUGAGCUAAAUGACAGAAGAAAUGAAAAGUUCCGAGAAGAAAAAUAUACUCAUUUUCCAAUACUGACCAUUCGAAUUCCUUUUACUAAACAAAAAAUGCUCAACUAACCCAAGCAAUUGUGCCAAUUGACUAUUUUUUUACCUUUCAAUAUUAACCGAUUCCAACCCUUUGAAACCCAACCAACCCGAAUAAAUUGAAUAACAAACCAGUUAGCAACUAGAAA